CGCGCUCUCUCCCUCCCUCCCUCCCUCCCCUUCCUUCUCUCUCUCUCUCGCAUCGUUCGACGCGACGCCAUACCUCCCUCCUCCACCGCACCGACCGCCCAGCCAUCGCCAUUCCAUCACCCUCUCCCUCCCCCUCCCCCCUCGUCUCGCCGCGUCAACCGGUCGCCACCCCUCGCACCAUCACCACCGCAGGACAUCACCAUCGCCGCGGCGGCGGCGGCGGCGGCGACGUUGGAGACGUUUCCGGUGGAAGCCAUGGCCGGCGUUUCUCCUGGAAUGAGAUGAUCUGCUCCGCUCGGGAUCGCUGAUUUCGUUCCCCGCGUGUUCGGCGUCGAAGCCUCGCAAUGGCCGAGAGGAACAGCCCCGCCCUCGGCAUCCUCUCCCGGAAGUCCCUCUUCUCCCUGUUCACGGCCACCUCGCUCGUGUUCCUCCUGUCCUGGCUCUUCGUGUUUCAGUCCGCGGGCGGCCGUCCUCGCUUCAUCGACCACAGCCUGCUCCCCAAUUCCAAGCUCCUCGCCACGUUGGAUGCCGCCGCCGCCGCUAACCGCGAGGGCCGGAGUGAGAAUGAGGUCGGCCCCUCGGUGGGGAACCGGUCGAUCCUCAUGGACGGCGAGGAGGAAGCCGGCGAAGCGCCCAGAGCGAAGGCGGACGCGAAAUGCGGCUCGCCUGAUGAUGAUGAUAGUAAUUAUAAUAAAGCGGCCCUCAAGGUCUACAUGUAUGAUUUGCCCCCGGAAUUUCAUUUCGGACUGUUGGAUUGGAAAGGCGAGGGAGAGGGCGUUUGGCCGGAUAUUCGGACUAAGAUUCCGGAUUACCCUGGGGGAUUGAACUUGCAGCACAGCAUAGAGUAUUGGCUGACUUUGGAUCUCCUCUCCUCCGAGUUCACCAAUUCGUCGGGUGGUCGCAGUGCGGUCAGGGUCCAUAAUUCUAACGAAGCUGACGUGAUCUUCGUCCCCUUCUUCUCUUCCUUAAGUUACAACCGGUUUUCGAAGGGGAACCCGCAUCAAAAGAAGAGCAAGAAUAAGUUGCUGCAGGAGAAGUUGGUCAGUUAUUUGGCAAGACAACCGGAAUGGAAGAGGUCCGGUGGCAGAGACCAUGUAGUUGUGGCUCACCAUCCCAACAGCAUGUUGGAUGCAAGGAUGAAGCUGUGGCCAGCUAUGUUUAUAUUAGCAGACUUUGGGCGGUACCCUCCGAACAUCGCCAAUGUCGACAAGGAUGUGAUUGCUCCGUACAAACAUGUGGUUAGGAACUACGCUGAUGAUAACUCGGGUUUUGAUAGCCGUCCAACUUUGCUGUACUUCCAAGGUGCCAUAUACAGAAAAGAUGGUGGAUAUGUGCGGCAAGAGUUGUUCUAUCUCCUAAAGGAUGAGAAAGAUGUGCAUUUCUCAUUUGGAAGCGUUCAAAAGGAUGGAAUCAGAAAAGCUACGCAAGGAAUGCGGUCAUCCAAGUUUUGCCUCAACAUAGCUGGUGAUACGCCCUCAUCCAACCGCCUCUUUGAUGCCAUUGCCAGUCACUGUGUCCCGGUCAUCAUUAGUGAUGAAAUCGAGCUUCCAUAUGAGGAUGUCCUCGACUACUCCCAAUUCUGCAUCUUCGUUCGUACUUCUGAUGCUAUAAAGAAAAACUUCCUCAUAAAUUUCAUUAGGAGUAUUGGAAAGGAUGAGUGGACCCGAAUGUGGCAGAGGUUGAAAGAGAUCAAUAAUUUCUAUGAGUUUCAGUACCCAUCGAAGGAUGGAGAUGCUGUCCAGAUGAUAUGGCAAGCUAUAGCUCGUAAGGUUCCUUCAAUUAGAAUGAAGUUGCACAAGUCUCGGCGCUUUGCUCAUCAUCUGGGCCACACAGAAAGUGGAUUGAUAUCAUUCAAAUCACCCAAAAAUUUUUGGUGAAAAGACACGCAGUUCAUUCUUUGUGGCUCCCUUUUUUCAAGAGCCUUCAACAUUGUCCUGCUUGAGAUAGACGAGAGCCGCUGGUCUUCUCACGGCAGAUUUUGAGCCUGAAGCUGUAAUUGUUGCAGAGAAAUAGAAAGGAGUGAAGUAAUUGUCUGGGCAAUUCUUCCAGGAUAUAUUGCUUUUUUGGUACUUUUCAGGGAUUCGUGUUCUUAUCCUGUGGAAGUAUACCGUGUGCGACAGCACGAAGCAAUGAAUCUCUUGGGAAGCCUAACAAGUUCAUAAAUAUUCAAAUGGCAUUACAGGUUCCUUAAUGUGAUUAAGAUGGGUAUAAUACUGAAAUAACAUGUUACUCCUCAAUGAAUUCAACUCAUUUAUCUGUCGCUCCGUCUCUUUUGCUGAAAUUACUGUUAACAUCUGAUUUUUGUAUUUGCUCAAGUAACAAGCUUCAAUCUCAAGUCCUCCUGGCUUCAUCCAGCAUUCAA